GGCAAGGAGCGGAGGAAAUCCAGUGCUAGACAUUACCUUUCGUAAAAGUUUCCCCGAGGAAUCCAACUUCGGUAUAUAUCGCUAAUAUCAAUGAGACAACGAAAUAUAUAAAAGAAAAAUCGAACAAAAUCGAAGAAUUACUCUGGGACAAUUGAUAAUGAUGGAUGGAUAGUUUUCCAACGCGGAAUUUCCCGUUGCGCGGCUUUCCUAUGGCUAUUUCUCAUUAGGGCCACCACUGAAUGAAGAAAUAAUGCUUCCUGUUGUCUCUUAUGUGGAUAAUUGUUGUGUUUAACAACGCUAUUUUUGGAAGCGUUGACGGGUUUAUCGAAUAUGAGCCUAUUUAUAGGGGACUGGAAUACGUUUGUCAGGUAGUAGCUAUUGCAACCGGGUAGGGAUCUCUCUUCUCCCCGAAGAGUGGAUGUAUGUGAGAUGAUAAUUCCACAUUAGGACUAAAGUUGCCAAAAAGCAGCGACAUUUAGACACACCGCUGUCCGGACUACGGGAUGUAUCUGUGAGUUGACCCGAUAUAUAACGGCAACUGUUUCGGCCGUACUCAUACGGAGGGGGUCGUUAAUGGAGCUUCAUAGUGGGACCCGCUAGGAUGGACGUGGUUGAUGAAACCGAAGCGUUACAGAGAUUUUUUGAAGGUCAUGAUAUUACCAGCUCCUUGGAGCCAGCGAACAUUGACACCAGUAUUCUGGAGGACUACAUCAGUAAGGAGGACGACAGCACUGACAUCUGUUUUUCUGAGGUCCAUAGCGGUGCCCCAGGGCCUAACUCUUACUCAUCACCCCAAGCCGGAGUUUCCUCUUCUGGGGGUGGUUUGCAGUGUGGCGUGAACCCCCCUAUCUCCCUCCGUCAGGGAAACCCCCACUCCCACCCCCACCCCCCCCCAGCCCUGCCAAACCCCCUACCCCCACCCCUGGGCCUGCUGAGACACAACAACUACCCCUGCCUGGGGCAACACAACCACCAGCAGAACCACCAGCAGCAGCAGGACCACAUCAAGCCUGAACACAGAGGACACUACGCACCAGGGACGCUCCCAGAGUCCCCCCCAGACUCCAGCUCUGAGCCGUACUCCCCUCAGCAGGUCAAUGACACUCACAUGCUGAGGACCAUGACACCAGAGAACAUGUGUCACAUGACCUCGCCGCCGCUCCCCCCGCACGGCCAUGGCUAUCCAAACAUGCACCGGGACAUGUACCUAAAGCCUGAGCCAAUGAUCUCGCAGUACCCCAUUGGUCCCACCUCCAGUGGGAGUUGCCAGGACCUGCAACAGAGCCAGAUGCUGCAUCAACUAUUGCAACACCCACAACAGGGACAAGAUGGGAUAGCAGUCCACCAGGCAAAGAAGAGGAAACAUGCUGACGGUCCUGACAGCACCCUGAACUCUCAGAUCCUCACAGGUAUCAUCAAACAAGAGCCAGUAGACAUUGUUUCUGGCCCAGGUGUGAUGGCGGAUGCUGAUAACUCCUACCUGGACCCCAACUAUCAGUGUAUAAAAUGGCAGCCGCACCAGCAGAACAAGUGGACGCCGUUGUACGACGUCAACUGCAAAGAGCUCCCAAUGCCCACCUAUCGCGUCGACGCUGAUAAAGGUUUUAACUUCUCCCUGGCGGACGACGCCUUCGUAUGUCAGAAGAAAAAUCACUUCCAGGUCACCGUGUACUGCGGCAUGCUGGGAGAUCCCAAGUACAUCAAGACCAGCGAUGGCCUCCAGCCUAUCGACUGCUUCUACCUCAAACUCAAUGGGGUUAAGCUGGAAGCCAUGAACCAGUCCAUCAACGUGGAGCAGUCCCAGUCAGACCGCAGCAAGAGACCCUUCAAACCAGUACUGGUGACACUGCCCCCGGAGCAGGUUACCAAGGUAACAGUGGGACGACUACACUUCAGUGAGACCACAGCCAAUAACAUGAGGAAGAAAGGCAAACCCAACCCUGAUCAGAGGUACUUCAUGUUGGUGGUAGCGUUGCAGGCCCAGGCCCAGACCCAGACCCACAGUCAGAGCUUCACGGUGGCCGCGCAGGUGUCCGAGAGGAUCAUCGUCAGGGCGUCUAACCCGGGUCAGUUUGAGAGUGACAGUGAGGUGUUGUGGCAGCGCGGCCAGCUACCUGACUCAGUGUACCACCACGGCCGGGUCGGUAUCAACACCGACCGGCCAGACGAGGCCAUGGUCAUCCACGGUAACCUGAAGGUCAUGGGGUCACUGGUACACCCGUCCGAUAUACGGGCUAAAGAGAACGUCCACGAGGUCAACACUACAGACAACCUGAAGCGGAUCAGUCAGAUAAGGCUGGUUCAUUAUCAGUACAAGCCUGAGUUUGCUUCCAGCAUGGGCAUCGACUCCAGCCCAGAGACUGGAGUAAUUGCUCAGGAUGUGCAGCAGAUUCUGCCUGAAGCCGUGAAGGAGGGAGGAGACGUCAUCUGUUCCAAUGGAGAGACCAUCCCUAAACUUCUGGUGGUCAACAAGGACCGUAUCUUCAUGGAGAACGUCGGUGCAGUGAAGGAGCUGUGUAAACUGACUGACAACCUGGAGACUCGUAUAGAUGAGCUGGAGCGCUGGAGCAGGAAGCUGGCCAAACUCCGCCGUCUGGACAGCAUGAAGAGUACCGUCAGCGGAGGCACCACCAGCCAAUCAGGGAGCCAGUUCAGCAGGACAGGAAGUGGUCCCCUGAAGAGGAAGACAGUGAAACCUGGGAAUAAGAGUGUGACUCCAGAGCAGGGCUGCAUCAGUCACAGGUUCAUGCAGGGAACCAUUCUGGCUCUGGUCGUCGUCAUGACCUUCAGUGUCAUCUCCAUGUCCGUACUCUAUGUGUUGACACUGCACCACAGAGGGGACGUCAGCGAGAAAGACGUGUCUGCAGAGGGAUCAUCUAGGAUGGCCUCUGCUCCUCGAUCCACCAUCUCCACGCGUCAAGAUACAGUCCCACCCUCUCCUUCACUGGCCAAUCCUGCAGCUUGCUGUCCACCUACAACUGCCACAAACAACCAAUCAGCAACUACUCUGUCGCCAAGCAACAACCAGUCAACACUGGAAGUGAGUAGUCCAGUCCCUACACUGCGCAGCAUCAACAAGAAGGCCAAGUCCAGGCCUAUGGACAAGGACGGACGCUACCGGAACCGUCUCAGCCACACCUCCGCCCCCAUCUACCUGUCCAAGGCUAAGAAACCUGCCCCUGCACAGGACCUGGGGGGUGUAGGGGGAGUGGGGGGGGUCAACAACCGGCUGCCUGGACCGGGUGGGCCUGAAGACCAGCAGACACUGCCCCUGCCUCAGAGACAACGCAGGGACAACACACACAUCAGCACGGAGGAGGAAGCAGGUGGAAGAUCGUCCCCUUCCCUUAUAGAUCUGCACAUCCUGGAGACAAACCAACACAUUUCAUCACACAACUGUCCCCAUCCUGACAGCUGCAGCUAUUCAGUAUCACUCCAAGGAACCAGGAACUCCUCCAUGUCACAAAUCACUCUACACAUGAGAUCCAGCGUCAGCGUGUGGGUCAAACAGUGUGCAGUCACCAGAGGACGUCUGUGUCCUGACCACAGAGAGACAGAGCUCUACGCUGGAGAAAGGACAGCUACUGAGGGGACAGAUCACCUGUGGUCAGUAUCUGUACUGUCGUUCCAGGACGUUACCUAUCACUUCAGAGUGGCCAAGUCUAGUGAAGUGAGGUGUGACGUAGAGGAGGAGAACGUAUUUACCACACCGCCACACUCUGACUUCUACUUCCUCAUACAAAGCAGCUGCUCGUGAGAGGAGAGGAAACUAAGCAUGCAAACUAGUAUGCUGCUUUGAACAUUUCCCCUGACUGACCCAGGGUAUCUUAGCUACUACACCUCCUAUCCCAUCUCUCUCUCUCUCUCCUCUCUCUUCUCUCCUCUCUCUCUCCUCUCUCCUCUCUCUCUCUCCUCUCUCCUAUCCCAUCUCUCUCUCUCUCCUCUCUCCUCUCCUCUCUCUCUC